GUCAUCCUUGGCAAGUACACCUGGCUUUCAUAUGAAGAUGUAUACAUUAAAGCUGUUAAUUUCGGAAAUGGCUUAGCAGUAUUGGGUCAGCAACCAAAGACUAACAUUGCAAUCUUCUGUGAGACCAGAGCUGAGUGGAUGAUUGCAGCACAGGCCUGUUUUAUGUGCAACUACCAGCUUGUUACCCUGUAUGCUACCCUGGGAGGCCCAGCAAUAGUGCAUGGGCUAAACGAAACGGAGGUGACCACCAUCAUUACUAGCAAAGAAUUGAUGCAAACAAAAUUGAAGGAAAUUGUUUCUCAAGUUCCACUGCUGCGACAUAUUAUUACAGUGGAUGGCAAACCAACAACGUGGUCAGAGUUUCCCAAGGGUGUCAUUGUUCACACCAUGGCAUCUGUGCAAGCAAUGGGGGCAAAGGCAGACACUGGGAGCAAACAGCCAUCCAGGCCUGUGCCCUCAGAUAUCGCAGUGAUCAUGUACACAAGUGGAUCCACAGGAAUUCCCAAAGGAGUUAUGAUCUCCCAUUGCAAUAUAAUUGCUGGGAUAACUGGAAUGGCUGAGAGGAUUCCAAAUCUGGGGGAGAAAGACAUAUACAUUGGCUACUUGCCUCUUGCCCACGUUCUGGAGCUGAGUGCUGAACUUGUGUGUUUGUCUCACGGGUGCCGAAUCGGUUACUCUUCACCUCAGACAUUAGCUGACCAGUCCUCUAAAAUAAAGAAAGGAAGCAAAGGUGAUGUUACUACCCUUAAGCCAACCCUGAUGGCAGCUGUGCCGGAAAUUAUGGAUCGGAUCUACAAAAACGUCAUGAAUAAAGUGAAUGAAAUGACCAGUUUCCAGCGGAAUCUAUUUAUAUUGGCCUACAACUACAAAAUGGAACAGAUUUCCAAAGGUUAUACUACCCCACUCUGUGAUAGCCUUAUUUUCCGCAAAGUCCGAAUGCUGCUGGGUGGGAAAAUCCGUGUCCUGCUGUGCGGAGGAGCUCCGCUCUCGGCAGCCACGCAGCGUUUCAUGAACAUCUGCUUCUGCUGCCCUGUGGGACAGGGCUACGGGCUUACCGAGUCAGCAGGAGCUGGAACCAUCACGGAAGUUUGGGACUACACUACAGGGAGAGUAGGAGCACCUUUGGUCUGUUGCGAAAUCAAGUUGUUGAACUGGGAAGAAGGUGGAUAUUACAACACUGAUAAACCAUAUCCUCGGGGUGAGAUCCUUAUUGGAGGGCAAAAUGUGACUGUGGGCUACUACAAAAAUGAAGCACGAACCAAAAAAGAUUUCACUGUUGAUGAGAAUGGGCAGAGGUGGCUCCAUACUGGAGACAUUGGAGAGUUUCAGCAAGAUGGGUGUCUAAAAAUUAUUGAUCGCAAAAAAGAUCUUGUAAAACUGCAGGCAGGAGAAUAUGUUUCUCUUGGCAAAGUCGAGGCAGCUCUGAAGAAUCUCCCCCUGGUAGAUAAUAUUUGUGCAUAUGCAAGCAGUUUCCAUUCUUAUGUCAUUGGAUUUGUUGUGCCAAAUCAAAAGGAGCUCGCAGAACUAGCUCGGAAAAAAGGAUUUAAAGGAACGUGGGAAGAGAUCUGUAACAGUCCUGAGAUGGAAAAAGAGGUACUGAAGGUGCUAGCUGAGGCUGCCAUGGCAGCUAACCUGGAGAAGUUUGAAAUACCAGUCAAAAUUCGUUUGAGCCCAGAUCCUUGGACCCCUGAGACUGGUCUAGUGACAGAUGCAUUCAAACUAAAACGCAAAGAGCUCACGGCAUAUUAUCAAAUGGACAUCGAUCGAAUGUAUGGAAAAAACGUCAAAUAAUUCUCUUCUGCACCACUUUGCUACAAUGAGCUUGGAUCAAAUAGAAAAUACUUGAAUUGCCUGUCUCAACUCAACACUUGAGAUCAACACACAAAACCACCAUUCCUCAUUUCCAGCUUAAACUGUUACUUCUGGUGACAUCACUAUGACAACUGGGAAGUCUAGCAAAAUGUUAUGGCAGCAAACUUGUAUCUGUCUCCUUGUUUUUUCCAGAUUUCUCUGCUACCUUGUCAGUCUGUGGAUUUUCCCAGGUCUUUUUGGGAAACCAUGAUUCUGAAGCCUCAAGUUUUUAAACAUUUAUAAAUCCUGUAUAAUGUUUUAUUUGUAUCUUGAAAAUUUGGAUGU